AUGUUUUUACCAGAAAAAGUAAUAAAUUGGGAAUGUUUCUUUGUUGGCUCCUAUCGACUAGAAACUCCUAGUAUGGCAACUUACUCAAAAGGUGGAUCAAUAUUCGUCAUCGCAUAUGGUUCAAUCAUAACAUUAUGGGAUUCUCGUUUAAAUGUUAUUGAUUAUAGUUUACCUUUAAUUCCGAAUGAUGGAACUGUGAAACAUCUUGCCUUCACUAAUGAUUUACCAUUCUUGGUGACUACAACGGAAAGACAUUUAUCUGUAUUUAAUCUAUUAACUUGUACAAUUCAUCAUUUAGCUGUUGACCCUAAAAAUUCGAGUUCUGUCGUUGCAUGUAAUAAUGAAAGACUUGGAGAAGUUACAUUCCAAUUACAGUUCAUAAUGUGA